UAAGACAAGGAUCCAAGGACACCCUAGAAGCUUUCUGCCUCUUAGCCUCAUCCAAGGAGUUUCUCGUUCCCUCGAAACAUGCAGCUGAUGGCUCGGCUCGUAGCACUGCUGUUGCUGCUGUGGACUGUCAGAGCCUCAGUUCUGCCGGGAGAGGAGAAGUUUUCGGUACAGAGCAGCCGGGAGCAAACCAAAGCCCGCAAAGGCCUGAUCCUGAAAAUGCUGGCAGAUCUACUAGAUGGGGCAGAGGUUGGUCAGGAUGCGACACCUUUCUCAGACUCAGAAGACCUUCCCGAAAGCAAGCUGGAAGAGGAGCCGUCGGCGCUGGGGCGGUUCUCCCAGAUCACCCAGCGAGAUCGCAAGGCCCCGUGUAAAAACUUCUUCUGGAAGACCUUCACCGCCUGCUAACAGCCCCCUAUGCCCCCACCUCCUCCUCCACCAACAACCCCCAGCCCCCUUUUGCCUCUGGGUCUGGGGCUCCUCUCACCCCCAUCCCACUAUGUAACAUGGGUCAAGAAGGGAAACAUAUCCACAGAGCAGAUCCCCCUCCCUUCCUUUAACCUAGAGUUCACCCUCCAGGAACCAGUACCUUGUUUCCCCGAAAAUCAGACCUAACCUGAAAACAAGCCCUAGUCGGAUUUUUCAGGAUGC